GCAGCAAAAAGGAAGCUGCUUGAACAGAGCCUCCUUCAAAAGAGAAACACAGACAACUAAAACUGCGCUGUUAAAACACCCAGGACUGCAAAGUGAAUGGAUCCCUGAAAGGGACAUCAGAAGUCAUGUCAGGCAAAAGAUCCAAGAAGAACCAGAGACCUGGUUCAUCUCGACGAGGACCUGAAGUUCUUAACAGCAAUAUCGAGAAAGAUGAUGAACAGUUUCAGCAAAUUGCAGAGUCUGAGGAUGGGCGAAAUGAAUUUCACACCUCCACUGAAUACCAUUCAACCCAGUUUGAUCAUCCACCAAGCUCAAGCACUGAUCAGCAAACAUCUGCAUUAGAAUGUCCUCCACAUGCAAGGGGUCACAAGGAUUCACUCAUGGAGAAUAAACUGCCAGAGCAGAAAAGAAAAAUGGGAUCAACUCGCAAGAGAAUUGGUAGGAUUAAAGAUGAAAGAAAACUUGAUGAAAUCAAGAGAACUGGAGAGUUUGAUGAAGAAUAUGUAACUCAACCAAACACAUCAACCACUGAGGAACAACAUGCUUCUCUAACAGAAGAAGAACAAUCAAGGUCAAUGAGUUUUCCUUCUGAUUUAAACCUUCAGACAAAAAGUUCUGAAUUGAGAAAGGAGCCUGGAACAACUCUUAUGCUUGGGGUUUUAGAAAAUGAAGAAAAAGAUACAAUCCACUAUCAAGAAAUAACCUUUAAUUCACAUGAGGUUUUAAGGGAUAUUCCUAUAGAUGAGAAAAUGGUGCCAUCUGUCCAUUCUAUUGCUGUCACUGUAGCUGAAAGUGAUUUGCUGCAGAAGGAUUCAGUCAUGUUUGAUGAACCUAGUUGCCAAGAUAUCCCAAUAGCCAGUACCUCUAGACAAAAAAGAAGGAUUUGCUCAACCCGCAGGCCUCUCGGAGAGAAAAACAGGGAAAAUGUAGGUGUGCAAGAACAUUCAAGUAACAUAAGAGAGAAUAAAAGUAAAGCAGAAGUUCUAGGCGAAGCAAAGUUCCCCAUGUCAGAAGAGAUGGAGCAAACAUGGGAUGGUGUGGCAAGAGAUGUUUCAUUGUCCCACACAGAAUCAGCGUUGGUUUUAAAUCAGUCACUUUUGGCUGAGAGAGCUGAGCUGAAAGAGCCUGAUGUUUCGGCAGGAACUGAAACUAUGAACAAAUCAGUUACUUUUCCCCUUGUUGAUUCAGAAAAGCCCCUACCCGAAACAUCUAGCCAACAUGGGACUCCAUCACUCAACGAGGGAUUUGAUUUUAAUUUUGGUUCACACACUGGGGAUUUUGUAAACAAAGUUUGGAAAGAGGCAGAAAGUGAUUUAAGUGAUAACAGCCAAUGUGUGCUUAAUACAAGUAAAGAUACAAACACAUCUUACAACUUUACAGAUGUAAACACAGAAGCCAAGGAGAAGGUUCUAAAACAGAAAGAGGAACUUUCUAUAAAUUAUCAAAUGAGUGAUUUAUUACCAAAGCAAGAUGCGCAAUUAGAGGAACUUGAGUUAAACUAUCAAGAAUAUUCUUUAAGCCAGCAUGACAUAGCUACUCUUGAUAAUAACUGUGGUUGUUCUAUGGCUCAACUUAAAGUAGGAGGAAGUAGAAGUUUUAAUGUGCCUGUGACUAAUAUUAGCCAUGCAGAACCCACAGCAACCAAUUUACCACAUGAGAUGAGUGAUGCUUUUGAUGAAAAGCAAGAGAUUCAAGUGGAAAUAAAACAAGAAAGUAAUGUUUGUGAUUUUACUUUAGUAACAUGUGAUACUCUGACUGAUUUAGAAUGUAUUAUGGAAGAAAAUGAAGACCCCCAGAUUUUAGCUGCGAGCGAAAAUGAAAAUACGAGCAAUCAAAGAGGAUCUGAAACAGACAAUGCAUUGAAAAUUACAGACCAGCAUGAUGUGAGAGAUCACAAUGUAAUACAAACAAUAAUGGAUGUAAGAGAUAAUGAAAAAGACGCAGAAACAAGCACUGAGACCAUUUGGAUUUCACAUCAGAAACCAUGUGAAGUUCCAGCUGAAAAAGAGGAGCUAAAUAGAGAACAAGAGCAAUAUUCAUCGAAUAUAUCUCGAACACAGAGUCCACUACAAGAUGCUGCUGGCAAGAUGCUAGAAACUGAUGAGGUUAGAAAAGGCAGAAAAGAUACUGAGAAUGCUGCAAGUAAUGAUGUGACCACAAAGUCAGAGGAAAUGUUUAGUUUUAAACUCUCAGCAACAGUUAGAGGAUCUCACGCACACCAACAGCUUUUCAUGCAAUAUCCUGAUAAAGAAGGCUAUGACUCGCAUGAAAAUGUGAAUGAGAAAAGUGAAGAGGAAGGAAUACUUGUCAGUGUAGAAUCUGAAAAUGCAUCUUUUGAUAGAGGCGAUGGGAAAAGUGAAGGAACUAAGGUGGAUGCAGAGCCCGUUGUGAUGUCAAAUGUGGAAGCUGUGUAUAAUGAUAGUGAAUCAGCAAACCCAGAGCAAAACAGAGAAUUGGCACUGAAAGUAUCUACAAAUGCUGAGAAAGAGGUUUCAGGGGAAAGAGACACAAUUGUCAUGCAAAGUGACAUCAACUUAAUUCCUGAAGAGGCACACUCAAAAUCAAGUCCAGUUAUAUAUAAGAGGAAAAUGGGCUCAACUCGUAGACCUCUCAGAGGAAAAAAAGGACAAAAAAUAGAAAUGGAACAUCAUGAUGAAAAUGAGACACUUGAAUGUGAAGGUAUGAUCAAUUUAGAGAAGAAAACAUUUAGUUUGGAGGAUGAAUCCAUUACAAAUGCAUCUCUGUUAAGAACCACAAAAGAUGGAGUUAAAGUACAGGACAUGGAAUUAUGUGAGGACAAUGAUGUUGGUCCUGUUGAAAGAUCUGAGUCUGCUCUCCUGCAGUCAUCAUGUCGUUCAGAUUUCCUGUCUGAGGAAUCCACUGCAGUAAGUAUCUGUCAUGUCACAGAAUCACAAACCCUCAUGAAACUGAAUGAAGAGUCCCAGGAAAAUGCUGGAGAUGCUGAAAAAGUAGCAGCAGAGGAAAACAAAGACCUACAAUUAGAAACUGAAUCACAGAACAAAAUAUCUGACACAACAACUUAUGACGCUGAAGGAACAGAGGAGAAAAUCAAUGAUGUUAGUGUGACAUUAGUCAGAGAAGUUGAAGUUACUGGAGAUACAGGUACAGUGGAGAGUAAUAUGACUACGGAGUCAGAUUUGAUUCAAAAUGACACUUCUUCUGAUCCAAAACUGGAAGCAAUAAAAGUAUCUGACGAUGCUGGGUGUAAAGUUCAGGAAGAAACCGUUCCCAAGCAAAGUGACACCACCAUCAUUCCUCACGAUACUCAGAAAGAGGAGGCACACUCAGAAUUCACAGUUAUUCACAAGAGAAAAAUGGGCUCAACUCGUAGACCUCACAGAGGGAAAAAUGGACAAAGAAAAGAAAAAGAACACCGUGAUGAAAAUGAGACACCUUACAGUGAAGAUAUCAUUAAUGUAGAGAAAGAAACAAUAAGUUUGGAGGAUGAAUCCAUUACAAAUGCAUCUCUGUUAAGAACCACAAAAGAUGGAGUUAAAGAACAGGACAUGGAAUUAUGUGAGGACAAUGAUGUUGGUCCUGUUGAAAGAUCUGAGUCUGCUCUCCUGCAGUCAUCAUGUCGUUCAGAUUUCCUGUCUGAGGAAUCCACUGCAGUAAGUAUCUGUCAUAUCACAGAAUCACAAACCCUCAUGAAACUGAAUAAAGAGUCCCAGGAAAAUGCUGGCGAUGCUGAAAAAGUGGCAGCAGAGGAAAACAAAGACCUACAAUUAGAAACUGAAUCACAGAACAAAAUAUCUGACACAACAUCUUAUGAAGCUGAAGGAACAGAGGAGAAAAUCAAUGAUGUUAGUGUGACAUUAAUCAGAGAAGUUGAAGUUACUGGAGAUACAGGUACAGUGGAGAGUAAUAUGACUAUGGAGUCAGAUUUGAUGCAAAAUGACACUUCCUCUGAUGCAAAACUGGAAGCAAUAAAAGUAUCUGACAAUACUGAGUGUGAAGUUCAGGAAGAAACUGACACAGUUCCCAAGCAAAGUGACACCACCAUCAUUCCUCAAGAUACUCAGAAAGAGGAGGCACACUCAGAAUUCACAGUUAUUCACAAGAGGAAAAUGGGCUCAACUCGUAGACCUCUCAGAGGGAAAAAUAGACAAAGAAAAGAAAAAGAACAUCAUGAUGAAAAUGAGACACCUGACAGUGAAGAUAUGAUCAAUGUAGAGAAAGAAACAAUUAGUUUGGAGGAUGAAUCCAUUACAAAUGCAUCUCUGUUAAGAACCACAAAAGAUGGAGUUAAAGUACAGGACGUGGAAUUAUGUGAGGACAAUGAUGUUGGUCCUGUUGAGAGAUCUGAGUCUGCUCUCCUGCAGUCAUCAUGUCGUUCAGAUUUCCUGUCGGAGGAAUCCACUGCAGUAAGUAUCUGUCAUGUCACAGAAUCACAAACCCUCAUGAAACUGAAUAAAGAGUCCCAGGAAAAUGCUGGAGAUGCUGAAAAAGUGGCAGCAGAGGAAAACAAAGACCUACAAUUAGAAACUGAAUCACAGAACAAAAUAUCUGACACAACAACUUAUGAAGCUGAAGGAACAGAGGAGAACAUCAAUGACGUUAGUGUGACAUUAGUCAGAGAAGUUGAAGUUACUGGAGAUACAGGUACAGGGGAGAGUAAUAUGACUAUGGAGUCAGAUUUGAUGCAAAAUGACACUUCCUCUGAUGCAAAACUGGAAGCAAUAAAAGUAUCUGACAAUACUGAGCGCGAAGUUCAGGAAGAAACCAUUCCCAAGCAAAGUGACACCACCAUCAUUCCUCAAGAUGCUCAGAAAGAGGAGGCACACUCAGAAUUCACAGUUAUUCACAAGAGAAAAAUGGGCUCAACUCGUAGACCUCUCAGAGGGAAAAAUGGACAAAGAAAAGAAAAAGAACAUCAUGAUGAAAAUGAAACACUUGACAGUGAAGAUAUGAUCAAUGUAGAGGAAGAAACAAUUAGUUUGGAGGAUGAACCCCCUCUAGAUGAAUCUGCAUUACAAAGUGUAAAACUAGGAGCAAAAGAACAGGAGAUGGACACAUGCAAGAAAAAUGAUGUUGGUCCUGUUGAAAGAUCUAAAUCCACCGACAUGCAGUCAUCAUGUAGUUCAGAUUUAACAUCUGAGGAGUCCAUUGCAAUAAAUAUCUGUCACAUCACAGAAUCACAAACCCCCAUGAAACUGAAUGAAGAGUCCCAGGAAAAUGUUGGCGAUGCUGACAAAGGAGCAGCAGAAGAAGGCAAAGACUUACAGUUAGAAAUUGAAUCACGGGACACAAUAUCUGACACAACAACUUAUGAAGCUGAAGGAACAGACGAGAAAAUCAAUGAUGUUCGUUUGACAUUAGUCAGAGAAGUUGAAGUUACUGGAGAUACAGGUACAGGGGAGAGUAAUAUGACUACGGAGUCAGAUUUGAUUCAAAAUGACACUUCUUCUGAUCCAAAACUGGAAGCAAUAAAAGUAUCUGAUGAUGCUGAGUGUAAAGUUCAGGAAGAAACCGUUCCCAAGCAAAGUGACACCACCAUCAUUCCUCACGAUACUCAGAAAGAGGAGGCACACUCAGAAUUCACAGUUAUUCACAAGAGGAAAAUGGGCUCAACUCGUAGACCUCUCAGAGGGAAAAAUAGACAAAGAAAAGAAAAAGACCAUCAUGAUGAAAAUAAGACACCUGACAGUGAAGAUAUGAUCAAUGUAGAGAAAGAAACAAUUAGUUUGGAGGAUGAAUCCAUUACAAAUGCAUCUCUGUUAAGAACCACAAAAGAUGGAAUUAAAGUACAGGACAUGGAAUUAUGUGAGGACAAUUAUGUUGGUCCUGUUGAAAGAUCUGAAUCUGCUCUCCUGCAGUCAUCAUGUCGUUCAGAUUUCCUGUCGGAGGAAUCCACUGCAGUAAGUAUCUGUCAUAUCACAGAAUCACAAACCCUCAUGAAACUGAAUAAAGAGUCCCAGGAAAAUGCUGGAGAUGCUGAAAAAGUGGCAGCAGAGGAAAACAAAGACCUACAAUUAGAAACUGAAUCACAGAACAAAAUAUCUGACACAACAACCUAUGAAGCUGAAGGAACAGAGGAGAACAUCAAUGACGUUAGUGUGACAUUAGUCAGAGAAGUUGAAAUUACUGGAGAUACAGGUACAGUGGAGAGUAAUUUGACUACGGAGUCAGAUUUUCUUCAUACUUCUCCUGAUGUACACAUCGAAGCAUUGAAAAUAUCUGAAAAUGUUGAGAAAGAUGUUUCAGGAGAAACAGACACAGUUCUUAAACAAAGUGACAUCAACCUCAUUCCUGAAGAUUCUCACACAGAAGAGGCACACUCAAAAUCAAGUCCAGUUAUUCAAAAGAGAAAAAUGGGCUCAACUCGAAGACCUCUCAGAGGGAAUGAAGGGCAAAGACAAGAACAUGAUGAGAAAGAAAUAUUCAUGUUGAAGGAUGAACCCAGUCCAGAUGAAUCCAGAUAUACUGCAGUGAGUGUCUGUGACAUUUCAGAAUCACAAACCCUCCCAAAAAUUCAUGCUGGGUCCCAGGAAAAUUCUGGAGAUGUUGAAAUAGUGCCAGCAGAGGAGGACACAGAACGACACUUAGAAAACCAGACAUUUGACUCAACAGCAUUUGGAGGAGAAGCAACAGAAGAGAACAUCUGUGAAGCUAAUGUUUUAGACAAAGAAGUUGAGUUUAUUGGAGAUACAGUUACUUUGGAGAGUAAUAUUACUACUGAGUCAGAUUUGAUUCAAAAUGACACUUCCUCUGAUCCAAAACUGGAAGCAAUAAAAGUAUCUGACGAUGCUGAGUGUAAAGUUCAGGAAGAAACCGUUCCCAAGCAAAGUGACACCACCAUCAUUCCUCACGAUAAUCAGAAAGAGGAGGCACACUCAGAAUUCACAGUUAUUCACAAGAGAAAAAUGGGCUCAACUCGUAGACCUCUCAGAGGGAAAAAUACACAAAGAAAAGAAAAAGACCAUCAUGAUGAAAAUGAGACACCUGACAGUGAAGAUAUGAUCAAUGUAGAGAAAGAAACAAUUAGUUUGGAGGAUGAAUCCAUUACAAAUGCAUCUCUGUUAAGAACCACAAAAGAUGGAGUUAAAGUACAGGACAUGGAAUUAUGUGAGGACAAUGAUGUUGGUCCUGUUGAAAGAUCUGAGUCUGCUCUCCUGCAGUCAUCAUGUCGUUCAGAUUUCCUGUAUGAGGAAUCCACUGCAGUAAGUAUCUGUCAUGUCACAGAAUCACAAACCCUCAUGAAACUGAAUAAAGAGUCCCAGGAAAAUGCUGGAGAUGCUGAAAAAGUGGCAGCAGAGGAAAACAAAGACCUACAAUUAGAAACUGAAUCACAAAACAAAAUACCUGACACAACAUCUUAUGAAGCUGAAGGAACAGAGGAGAAAAUCAAUGAUGUUAGUGUGACAUUAGUCGGAGAAGUUGAAGUUACUGGAGAUACAGGUACAGUGGAGAGUAAUAUGACUAUGGAGUCAGAUUUGAUGCAAAAUGACACUUCCUCUGAUGCAAAACUGGAAGCAAUAAAAGUAUAUGACAAUACUGAGUGUGAAGUUCAGGAAGAAACUGACACAGUUCCCAAGCAAAGUGACACCACCAUCAUUCCUCAAGAUGCUCAGAAAGAGGAGGCACACUCAGAAUUCACAGUUAUUCACAAGAGAAAAAUGGGCUCAACUCGUAGACCUCUCAGAGGGAAAAAUGGACAAAGAAAAGAAAAAGAACAUCAUGAUGAAAAUGAAACACUUGACAGUGAAGAUAUGAUCAAUGUAGAGGAAGAAACAAUUAGUUUGGAGGAUGAACCCCCUCUAGAUGAAUCUACAUUACAAAGUGUAAAACUAGGAGCAAAAGAACAGGAGAUGGACACAUGCAAGAAAAAUGAUGUUGGUCCUGUUGAAAGAUCUAAAUCCACCGACAUGCAGUCAUCAUGUAGUUCAGAUUUAACAUCUGAGGAGUCCAUUGCAAUAAAUAUCUGUCACAUCACAGAAUCACAAACCCCCAUGAAACUGAAUGAAGAGUCCCAGGAAAAUGUUGGCGAUGCUGACAAAGGAGCAGCAGAAGACGGCAAAGACUUACAGUUAGAAAUUGAAUCACGGGACACAAUAUCUGACACAACAACUUAUGAAGCUGAAGGAACAGACGAGAAAAUCAAUGAUGUUCGUUUGACAUUAGUCAGAGAAGUUGAAGUUACUGGAGAUACAGGUACAGUGGAGAGUAAUAUGACUAUGGAGUCAGAUUUGAUGCAAAAUGACACUUCCUCUGAUGCAAAACUGGAAGCAAUAAAAGUAUAUGACAAUACUGAGUGUGAAGUUCAGGAAGAAACUGACACAGUUCCCAAGCAAAGUGACACCACCAUCAUUCCUCAAGAUGCUCAGAAAGAGGAGGCACACUCAGAAUUCACAGUUAUUCACAAGAGAAAAAUGGGCUCAACUCGUAGACCUCUCAGAGGGAAAAAUGGACAAAGAAAAGAAAAAGAACAUCAUGAUGAAAAUGAAACACUUGACAGUGAAGAUAUGAUCAAUGUAGAGGAAGAAACAAUUAGUUUGGAGGAUGAACCCCCUCUAGAUGAAUCUACAUUACAAAGUGUAAAACUAGGAGCAAAAGAACAGGAGAUGGACACAUGCAAGAAAAAUGAUGUUGGUCCUGUUGAAAGAUCUAAAUCCACCGACAUGCAGUCAUCAUGUAGUUCAGAUUUAACAUCUGAGGAGUCCAUUGCAAUAAAUAUCUGUCACAUCACAGAAUCACAAACCCCCAUGAAACUGAAUGAAGAGUCCCAGGAAAAUGUUGGCGAUGCUGACAAAGGAGCAGCAGAAGAAGGCAAAGACUUACAGUUAGAAAUUGAAUCACGGGACACAAUAUCUGACACAACAACUUAUGAAGCUGAAGGAACAGACGAGAAAAUCAAUGAUGUUCGUUUGACAUUAGUCAGAGAAGUUGAAGUUACUGGAGAUACAGGUACAGUGGAGAGUAAUUUGACUACGGAGUCAGAUUUUCUUCAUACUUCUCCUGAUGUACACAUCGAAGCAUUGAAAAUAUCUGAAAAUGUUGAGAAAGAUGUUUCAGGAGAAACAGACACAGUUCUUAAACAAAGUGACAUCAACCUCAUUCCUGAAGAUUCUCACACAGAAGAGGCACACUCAAAAUCAAGUCCAGUUAUUCAAAAGAGAAAAAUGGGCUCAACUCGAAGACCUCUCAGAGGGAAUAAAGGACAAAGACAAGAACAUGAUGAGAAAGAAAUCUUCAUUUUGAAGGAUGAACCCAGUCCAGAUGAAUCCAGAUAUACUGCAGUGAGUGUCUGUGACAUUUCAGAAUCACAAACCCUCCCAAAAAUUCAUGCUGGGUCCCAGGAAAAUUCUGGAGAUGUUGAAAUAGUGCCAGCAGAGGAGGACACAGAACGACACUUAGAAAACCAGACAUUUGACUCAACAGCAUUUGGAGGAGAAGCAACAGAAGAGAACAUCUGUGAAGCUAUUGUUUUAGACAAAGAAGUUGAGUUUAUUGGAGAUACAGUUACUUUGGAGAGUAAUAUUACUACUGAGUCAGGUUUGAUUCAAAAUGACACUUCCUCUGAUGCAAAACUGGAAGCAUUUAAAGUAUCUGACAAUGCUGAGCGCGAAGUUCAGAAAGAAACUGACACAGUUCCCAAGCAAAGUGACACCACCAUCAUUCCUCAAGAUGCUCAGAAAGAGGAGGCACACUCAGAAUUCACAGUUAUUCACAAGAGAAAAAUGGGCUCAACUCGUAGACCUCUCAGAGGGAAAAAUAGACAAAGAAAAGAAAAAGAACAUCAUGAUGAAAAUGAAACACUUGACAGUGAAGAUAUGAUCAAUGUAGAAGAAGAAACAAUUAGUUUGGAGGAUGAACCCCCUCUAGAUGAAUCUACAUUACAAAGUGUAAAACUUGGAGCAAAAGAACAGGAGAUGGACACAUGCAAGAAAAAUGAUGUUGGUCCUGUUGAAAGAUCUAAAUCCACCGACCUGCAGUCAUCAUGUAGUUCAGAUUUAACAUCUGAGGAGUCCAUUGCAAUAAAUAUCUGUCACAUCACAGAAUCACAAACCCUCAUGAAACUGAAUGAAGAGUCCCAGGAAAAUGCUGGAGAUGCUGAAAACGUGGCAGCAGAGGAAAACAAAGACCUACAAUUAGAAACUGAAUCACAGGACACAAUAUCUGACACAACAACUUAUGAAGCUGAAGGAACAGAGGAGAAAAUCAAUGAUGUUAGUGUGACAUUAGUCGGAGAAGUUGAAGUUACUGGAGAUACAGGUACAGGGGAGAUUAAUAUGACUACGGAGUCAGAUUUGAUUCAAAAUGACACUUCCUCUGAUGCAAAACUGGAAGCAAUAAAAGUAUCCGAACAUGCUGAGUGUGAAGUUAAGGAAGAAACUGACACCUUUCCCAAGCAAAGUGACACCACCAUCAUUCCUCAAGAUACUCAGAAAGAGGAGGCACACUCAGAAUUCACAGUUAUUCACAAGAGGAAAAUGGGCUCAACUCGUAGACCUCUCAGAGGGAAAAAUGGUCAAAGAAAAGUAAGAGUGGAAUCCGAGGAAGACACAAAAGCACACUUGGAAGUUCAAUACCAGGAUAAUGUGGUUGAUCACAUUGAAACACAAGAAUUUUUGAAUAUAAGAGAUAAUAAAGAUGAGGACAGAAAGACCACAGAGACAGUGGACAUGUCAGUGCAGGAGCCAUGUGAUGAUUUGGAACUAAAGCAGAGAUCAGAUGUAUCUCAAACACAAUCUGGGCCAUCACAGGAUGAUACUGGCUCACAUUUAUUUGAGGUCCCAGAAAGAACUGCAGAUUUUGUUAGAGACAGAUUUGCCUGUAGAAGUCAUUCUGCUCUGAUCUUGUCUGAUGCCUUGCUUAUGGAGGAAACCCAAAUGUAUGUCUCAUCUGAGAAUGCUGCACCGACAGAGAUGGCUGAAAUGCAUCCAUUCUCCAAAAGGUCUAUGAAGAAGAGAAAAAUGGGGUCAACUCGGAAGAGAGGGAAGAGAAUGGUGAAUGAUGAGGAGGUUGAAGAAGAGAAAGAGGGAGAAGCUGAAAAUACAACAAAUGAUGAUGGGACCACAAAGUCAGAGGAGAAUUUAACUAUUGAAGAAGCCAUUGCAGGAUCUCCUGAACCCCAGCAACUGUUUAUUUCAUCUGCUGAUAGAGAAGGCCAUGAGAUCCAGGAUAUUGUUAGUAAAUCAGAUGUGCAGACAGAUAUCUCAGAACAAAAUUAUCCAAAUUCUUCCAUAAAUCCAAACCUAUUGAUAGAAUCUGAAUGUUCUUCAAAUGUUGCAGCUGAAAUGAUUUCAGACUUUUCAUUGGGAUAUGCUGACACAUACUUAGGUCCUAAACAAAUUGUCAUUGUCAAACAAAGUGUCAUUCCUAAAGAGUCUCAUAGAGAAGAUCAAUCGAGCUUGAAUCCAGUCUUUCAAAAACGUAAGAUGGGGUCAACGCGUAAGACGCUCAGAGGGAACAAAGGGCAGGGAAAAGAAGAAUCCAAAAAGAUGGAUAGAGAUAGCAAAGAAAUGACACAGGAGCAGGAUACCGAACCACAUUUAGCAACCAGUGCAAGAAAAACUGAAUGUAAAUUUGAUGAAAAGGUAGAACAAAACUUCCCUGUUGACUUUUCUCAUCCAGUGGCUUCUUCAAAAAUGUGCCCUGAAUCAGAAAAUGGAGGGAAGGAAGUUUCUCCAAAUAUCCAUGACCUAUCGGAGGUGAGCGAGGAAAAGGGGAUGGAAAGUACUGGAAAUGACAGUAAUAGUGAGAAUGAGGCAAUCAAUCUCUAUGACAGGACAAAGGACAAAUUUGUCUUGAAAGUUAAUAACAAAGAUGUUGAUCAAACUGUGUCUGUAGAUGUUUAUGUAGGAUCAGAGCCUGAACAAACUGAAAACACAGGCCAUGUUUUUCCCACACAAGAACUAAAAAGCACUCAGGAUGAUUUUGUUAAUGAAAUCAGUUCCACUCAAGAAAAGAGGCGAAAGAUGGGCUCAACCCGGAGAAAUCCUAAAGUAAUACAUGGGGAAAAUAUGGCCGAUAAUGCAGAUGCACUUGGUGUGGCAGAGAAUAGCGAAACUAAGAAAGCAGAAGAUGAUUUGGAUGAUAUGCCUUUAGCAUCAAGCAUCAAUCAGUCCAAGGAAGUGUCUUCAGUCAGUACCACAGAUCUUGAAUCAGAAAUGUUAGGUAGUGCAACUGAUUUAAAAGAAGAAAAUGACCAUCAGAACAAUUCUGAACCUAGUGGACCAACAGUGCCUGAGACACCUGAAAACACCCUUCAGUUAGUGAAUGCUGAUGUUACCAAACAUCCACAGUCAGAGACUGUUACUACUGAGAAGAGAAGAAAGAUGGGCUCGACUCGGAAGAAUCUCAGAGCAGGAAGAAACCAAGGAAUAAGAGAAGGUUUUGAGGAAACAGAAACUACAGAUACAAAUCUGCAGAUGCCUCAGGACUCUGAAAUGAGCUUAGGAGACCAAACAUCUUAUGAUUACUCUGAUCAGUCAGAAGAUUCACUUCUCAGUGAGAUAGAGAGAGCAUUAAAUAAGACGUCUCAAAGUUCAAUGAGUAAUGAUGGGGAAUCAAUCAUCAAAGAGCCAAAACACAUAGCGAAUGCUCCUGAUCUCAAUAUGCAAGAAAACUCCGAAAUCAAAUCUCUCCAGCCGACACCAUUGGUUCACAGUGAACCCAACUCACCUGGAGGACGAAGAAGAAAAAUGGGGUCAACUCGCAAGAAUUCCAGACAGCAGCUCAAAGCAGAAAGGGAGGAUGAAGACAAAGAGGAUGGGGAGAAAGAUAUUUCGAAUUUAAGAAUGGAUGAGCAAGAAAUCAAGGAUCUUGAAAGAGUUGAGGUGUCUAUAGUGCCUAAUAUCACUGAAAACAAACUAAAUAAAGAGUAUCUUGAUGUCUCUAGUGCACACACAAGUAGCAGCCAGCUAGAAGAGAGCGCUAACCCUGUUUGCCAAGAAAGGACGUCUCCAUCAACAAAAAGGAAGUUUGGGUCCAGACGUGCUAAUAAGAGCAAACAAGGCCUUAGUAGUCUGGCCACUUCUGAUUUUAAGAAUGAAUUAGAAGAUGGAGAUCAUAAAGCGGACAAGCUGUGCAGUGAUGUCUCAGAGGUUUGUGAUCCAUGCCUCACCUUACAACCAGAGAAUCAACCGAUUACCCAUCCAGUCUCUGAGCAGAGGAACAUGGAAGCCAAAAAUGAAGAAGCUGCUCCAAAAGCCACUGGUGCUGGUCCCGUUUCUUUGGGCCAAAUCAUUAAACCUGAUAGAAGCACUGGAGCUAAGCAGACUGUAAAUUUAAACAACAGUAUUUCAGAUGCUGAAGAAGUUCAGUUUAACGUUGUCAUGGUGGGAAACUGCAGUGUGGGGAAGACUUCCUUCAUCAGACGCUUCCAUGAAGGGCAGUUCACUGAGGAUUACCGCUCCACUAUUGGUGUUGACACCUGUAUACAGACUGUUGCUCUGCCUGACAGAACUGUUAAACUGCAGAUAUGGGACACAGCGGGUCAAGAGAGGUUUCACAGCAUCACCACACAAGUGUUCCACAGAGCUGAUGGGCUUCUGCUCAUGUAUGCAAUCACAUGUUCAAACAGUUUUAUUUCUGUACGAGAUUGGAUCUCUCGAGCUCAGGAAAGGGCUCCUGAUGAUGUCAUCAUGAUGUUGCUUGGAAACAAGAAUGAUUCUGGAGAGCGUGCAGUCCAGAUUCAAGAAGGAGCAGAUCUGGCCAGAGAAUACAACAUAAAUUUCAUGGAGUGCAGUGCUGCAACUGGGGCGAAUGUGUCAGAAUCCAUGACAACUCUAGCAGAGUUGUUAAUGGAGCGCAAGUCACAGAAGGAGAGACACGCAACAUUGAGAAGAGAACCAUCACAGAAGAAAUCCGGUUGCUGUUGAAAACACACUCCCACACACACAACACGCAUGACCUUUCAAAAGUUUGGGUUGGGUAGAUACUUUUUGUAGAAAUUAAUACUGUUAUUCAGCAAUUAUUCAUUAAAUUGAUCAAAAGUGACAGUAAAGAAUAUAUCAAUUCAGGGAGAAAUAUAAAAUAAAUAUAAUAUUAAAAUAAAUGGUGAUUUUUUUUUUAUUGAUCUAUUUAUUUAAGAAUCCUGGAAAAUUUUACAUUCAUAAAUUAUCAGCUUUCCUGUCAGAGGAAUAAAUAAAACCCAUAAAAAGUAAUAAUAUUUCACAAUAUUACUGUUUUUAUCAAUUAAAUGCAGUAUUACUCAGUAUAGCAUACUUUACAUAAAAAAAAAAAAAUUGUGGGUAAUGUGUAAACAAUUUGUAAAAAGAAAAGGCAAAAAAAAAAGUACGCUGCUUAUAUUUUGUUGCUUAAGGAGAAUGUCAUUUCUGUAUUUUAUAAAUAUGUACAAAGUACAAUAAUGAUUUCACACAUAAUUAUAAUAUAAUCAUACAUUUAUUUAAUGUCUGUUAAGUGCUUUAAUUCCUACUGCAAGUGCUGAGUGUAAGUAAAAAUGAAUACAAGCAAAUAAAAAAUCUAUACUCUUA